UAAUCAUCAUUUCGAUUAUUGGUUAUAUAUACUAUACUAUAUAGUUAUACAACUACAUUAAUCAAUACUACAAUCUCUCUCCCUCUCUCUCCCUCCACUCACUUUCUCUCUCCAGGCUCUCCAUUCUCCAAGAAUCCAGUGCCAGUAAUGAAGACGUGAUUUCGUCUACUCCUCCGUCAGCUCUCGGCAUUUUUCACGGCUCCAUCACGUUCUCAUUUAAUAUACGCUCAUUUCUGUAUGUAUAUAUAUAUAUAUAUAUAUAUAUAUAUCUAAACGAGAAGAAAAUCAGGAGUUUUGGAUCCAAACAGAGGAAAUGUUGUUACAGAGAUAUAUAUGGAUUGCUAUAUCUAUAGUCGCAAUAGUCGGAGCUAGUUUAUACUCUGUGGAGGCUCUACCACAUCGGAUACUUUUGGAUACAGAUGUAGAUACUGACGAUUUCUUCGCCCUUCUCUACCUCUUGAAGCUCAAUCGAUCAGAGUUUGAUUUGCAGGCAAUAACUAUUAACACUAAUGCAUGGACUGAUGCUGGGCAUGCUAUUAAUCAAAUUUAUGACAUUCUUUACAUGAUGGACCGGGACGACAUUCCGGUUGGAGUGGGAGGUGAGGGUGGGAUUCUUGAAGAUGGGACUGUACUACCAGAUGUUGGUGGAUAUCUUCCAAUAAUUGAACAGGGGCUUGGUACUGCUGGUUAUUGCAGAUACAGACAAGCUAUUCCUGUAGGCCUUGGAGGACGUUUAGAUAUUGAUACCAACUAUGGCUUUCGAAGAAGCUUUCUUCCACAGGGUAGCAGGAAAUAUACUCCUCUCCGACAACCUAGUGCUCAGCAAGUAAUGAUUGACACGAUAUCUGCAGGUCCAAUUACUGUGUUCAUUAUUGGAGCUCAUACGAAUUUCGCCAUUUUUCUUAUGAAAAAUCCUCAUCUAAAGAAAAAUGUUGAGCAUAUUUAUGUCAUGGGUGGUGGCGUGAGGUCACAGAACCCUACCGGUUGCUGCCCACAAAAUGCUAGCUCAUCUUGCCAGCCUCGGCAAUGUGGUGACCCUGGAAAUUUGUUCACAGACUACACUUAUAAUCCCUAUGCAGAGUUCAAUAUCUUCGGAGAUCCUUUUGCUGCCUACCAGGUAAUCCAUUCUGGGAUUCCGGUUACCCUUGUUCCUUUGGAUGCAACAAACACAAUCCCCAUAAAUGAGAAGUUCUUCGAGGCAUUUGACCAGAGUCAGAAAACGUUCGAGGCACAGUACUGCUUCAAAUCCUUGAAAAUGGCUCGGGAUACAUGGUUUGACGAUGAAUUCUAUACGAGUUAUUUUAUGUGGGACUCAUUUACAUCUGGUGUAGCGACUUCAAUCAUGCGUAAUUCAGACAAGUAUAAUGGGGAAAAUGAAUUUGCUGAAAUGGAGUACAUGAAUAUUACUGUAGUUACUUCAAACGAGCCAUAUGGGAUUUCUGAUGGUUCAAAUCCCUUCUUUGAUGGCCUUAAAACUCCCAAGUUCAACUUACAGAAAGAUGGAGUUCAUAGUGGUCAUGUUCAGACUGGACUUCGAGAUCCAUUUUGCAUUUCCGAGAAUGGGAAAGGGAGAUGUAAGGACGGUUAUACCAUGGAAGUGACUGGUGCAGAAGCAGUUCGUGUGCUUGUUGCUACGAGAGCAAAACCCAAUCGUGACAGUAACAGCUCACUGGACAGAGAAUUCUUCAGGAGCUUCUUGGAUGUUCUAAACCACCCUGAGCAUACUGGAAGGUUCAAUUUCACAACACAAUUUACUUCUUACAAGGAAAUUCUGUACAAACCAGAUUUUGAAGGAAAGAAGCUUGGGAAAGAUGUGGUGUUUGACAUGGAUAUGAGUGCAGGAGAUUUUCUGGCCCUAUUUUAUCUCCUUAAAUUACCUGUGGAACUCAUCAACCUCAAGGCAAUACUAGUGAGUCCAACUGGGUGGGCAAAUGCAGCAACAAUAGAUGUGAUAUAUGAUUUGCUACAUAUGAUGGGUCGUGAUGACAUUCCUGUUGGUCUAGGAGACGUGUUUCCUAUGAACCAGUCCGAUUCUCUUUUCUCUGCUGUUGGAGACUGCAAGUACACCAAGGCUAUCCCACAUGGUGGUGGUGGACUUCUGGACUCGGAUACUCUAUAUGGGUUUGCUCGUAAUUUGCCACGAAGCCCUCGAAGGUAUACAGCAGAGAACUCUGCAAAAUUUGGAGCUCCACGAGAUACCAAUCACCCUGAACUUAGGCAGCCAUUGGCAUUGGAGAUCUGGGAUUCUGUAUCAAAAUCACUCAACCCGGGAUCUAAGAUUACCAUAUUGACUAACGGACCUUUGACUAAUUUAGCAAAGAUUAUUCUUUCGAACAAAAAUGCAAGCUCUCUAAUUCAGGAUGUAUUUAUAGUAGGGGGGCAUAUCAACUACGAUAACACAGAGAAAGGAAAUGUGUUCACUGUUCCUUCAAAUGAAUAUGCAGAAUUCAACAUGUUUCUUGAUCCUUCGGCUGCAAAGGCAGUGUUCGACUCAGAACUAGAUAUCACCCUCAUUCCACUUGCCACACAGCGUAAAGUCGGUGUAUUUCUUAAGAUUCUGGAAAGGCUGAACCUGACAAAGAAGACACCUGAAGUUGUUUUCGCUAGGCGUUUGCUAUCAAGGCUACACCGCUUGCAACAAAAGCAUCAUAGAUAUCAACAUACGGAUACAUUUCUGGGGGAAAUCCUUGGUGCUGUAAUAUUGUCGGGUGACAAUUCCAUUCUGAAUUCGGCCUUUCAAGUCAAGCCUGUAAAAGUUUUUGCAACAGGGGUUGAAUCUGAAGAUGGACAAAUUAUUAUUGACAACAAACAAGGGAAAUCAGUAAAAAUAUUGGAAAAUCUUGACCCUAUGGCAUAUUAUGAUGUUUUCACAAAUCGACUUGGUGAUGAAAAGCAGUCUGCUGCCAUUAGAAGCUUUGAUGAGCAGCAGAGGAUUUGGAGUACAAAACCAAUUACAAAGUGAAACACCCUUUGAAGACAAUGGCUAGAAUGAUUUUUCUAGGAUAGGAAUAGAUUUGUUGUUGUUGUUGUUGUUGUUGAUACACAGUGCUCAUUUCUUUUAAUAGAAAUUACUUGUA